UAUAAAAACUCACAGCUCCAUUUCAACAUAACCACGAGCCAACCUUGACUUAAAGAUGUCGGCUUUGCUCCUCUUUGUGAUGCUGACAGCCUGCGCUGCAAGUCCGCAGGAUCUGUCAGGAAAAAUGUUUACAUUUCCACAAGAAACCAACACCGCUAGCGUGAAGCUGAAUGUAUCCACACACAAUUUAAAUGCGGUGACAGUCUGUCUGAGGUCCUUUACAGACCUCCAGAGAGCCCAUAGCCUAUUUUCUCUGGCCACACCAUCCUCAAAUAAUGGCUUUCUGAUAUUUAAAGAGUCAGCUGCCGAUACAAUUGAUUUCCAUGUGAACGAUCACAAAGUACAAUAUGUAGCACUGAGGUAUGAGUUGAAUACAUGGCACUCUGUUUGUUCAACGUGGGACGCUGAUUCUGGAUUAGGCCAGCUGUGGUUUAAUGGACAGCCUUUAGCCAAGAAGUACCUCGGUGGAUCGCAGAUCAGUAAACCGAUUGUUGUCCUAGGACAGGAACAGGACAGUUAUGCUGGUUCCUUUGACACCAAACAAUCUUUUACUGGCAUGAUGACCGAUGUUCACAUGUGGAACUACAUCUUGUCUCCCUGUGAGAUCCAGAACUAUGUGGAUAACUUGAAUUUCACUCCAGGGAAUGUGCUGAACUGGAAGGCCCUGACGUUUGAUGUUACUGGAAGAGUGUUGAUAGAAGACAGGCAAAUGACCUGCCACUAGAGCCAAUACACAAAAAAGGCAUGUCUAAACAAGUCUUGCCAGUAAGUGGUAGAUGUUAUUCUAAUAUAAACAAAAUGGGGGAGAAAAAGUAUAAUAAUUUAAUCAAAUUAUAACUGCGGAAUAUUACUUAACCGAAUAAUUGAAUUCAAGCAACAUUGUACAGAGGCUUCCAUAUUUAUAUGGUCCAUUGACACCAUUUACACAAUCAUUACUUGUUUUUCUUUGGCAGUUGAAUAUUAUGCCUUGUCUUCAUCAGAUUUAUUUCUCAUUUUCUCCAUAUCCAUGGAAAGGAGAGACAUUUCUAGCUCCUGACUUUAUAUCAGGUAGAUCAGAUUUUACAGCUCUUAUGUUGAAUACUUAACCAAGCAGAAAGGUAACACAUUGGGCUCUUCUUUAUUGGGAUUAAAAGCUUAUUUUUGAAUUGUGAAUCUUUAUGUUAGCAAAGUCUUGCUGGUUGUAACAUACAGCACUUUAAAACUCUUACACCUAAUUAAAUGGCAUAAUACAUAAUAUAUUACCAAUAAUGUUAAUUUGUGUAAGGUUGUCUACCGCUGUAUUUACAUAAAUGAUGCACAUAUCGUAUAAUUGUAUAUGAUGUCUGUUUAAAUCAAAAUAGUAAAUACAUCUGUUAAGGUAGGUAGACCAGCGAAAUUCUAAAAAAAAAAAAAUUGCUAUUUGCUGUACCCAUAGCAUCCAAGUUAGCCUAGGGAAGCGAGUACUGGCAUUGCUGCUGCUCUUCCUUAUGUUUAUGUAAUUCAAUUUAGCAUAUUAAAAAAUAUAAAAAUAAAUAAACACACGUUGGAUAAAACUGUCUAUAAAUA